AUGAAGUUUGAGCGACAAUCAACCGAAUGCAACAGUAAAACAGAAAUGGAGAAACGAGAGAUUAUGAAAACGAAAAGACCUGAAAAAUACAAAAAGAUGGAAAAUGACUACCACAAUCUUAAAGAGGAAAACGAAAAAAGCAGUAAAUUGCACGAAGGAACUGAAAAAGCAAUCGAACCAGAAGAGAAAUACAUUGUAAGUAAAAAUAAAUCAAAAGUAAAAAGUUCGACACUGCUGACCACAAGCAACGAAGGAAUAUCAACCAGUCGGCACGAGAACAUAAAAACACGUCCCGCUGUUUAUGGUUUUCACAGAAAUGUAUCGAUUUACAAAAAGAUAGAAAACAAACAUAAACGAGGUAAUGAGGACUACUCGUAUAAAAACCAGCACAACCGAGAAAGGAGUGCAGAGAAAGAAAAAAACCAAAAAGCUGAAAACGAUAAAGAGAAAAAACGAGUUAUUAAUGUGGGUGAGAACGACCGGGAAAAAGAAAAAGUAAACGAUGGAGAUGGAAGAGUGGAUAAAAAAGAAAAAAGGGGAGAACAGUGCAACCAAGAAGAGGAUAGAGCAGAAGGGAAUGAAAUAAAUAAAGAAAGAGGAGCUAGUCAUAGAGGAAAGAAUGGUCAAGAAAAGAAGAGAGAAGUUAACAAUGGAGAUAUCAAAGACCAAAUAAAGGGAGUGGGUGUUAACAACGUACAAAAGAACGACCGAGAACCGAAAGAAAGAUAUAGCGCAGGAGGAAAGAGCAACCAAAGAAUAGAAAGGGGAAUUAACAACGGAGGUAAAAAAGAAGACGAUGAGAAUAAAGGUAAUGACCAGGCAGAUGACAACAAUACAGAGAACGCUAAAAUGAAUACAAACGCUAACAGAAAUAUUUUUGUCAUUUCAAACGUAACUGCAAUCGAUCAAUCUUUGGAUUACAAUGAUAACAUUGUGGUAGUUUUAAGUAAGAAGACAAACGACAAUGGAAGUUGUGGUAAUGAAGACACUAGCACUAACAAUCAUAGAGACACAGAGUAUGAUGAUAACAGUGAUGACACACAAGGAACGACAAUGACUAGCGAAAGUGAUGACACAGAGAGCGAUUAUGAAACUGAUAGUGACGAAGACACUGAAAGUGAUUACAAAACGCAAGAAACCGAUGACAAUGCAGAUAAUGAAGACAAAGCACAAGAAGUUGCACAAGUAAUUUUACUAUAUAUCAGCAGUAAAUAUUUUUCUAGAUAA